AUGGACUCGGAAAAUAGAAGCAGAGCAGAUCUUGCUCUCCCAAAUCCACAAGAGUCCUCCAGUGUGCCUAAAAUUGAAUUUUCAGAAGCACCUUUUCGUGAUAGCACCCUACAGGAGAAGGCUGCCCCAUCACCACGCCAGACAUGGCUGACAUUUUUGAAGAGGGAGCUGGAAUUCCUAGGCGUAACACAAAUUCUGAUUGGUUUCAUAUGUCUUUAUUUUGGAACAAUUGUCUACUUCGUGUUCAAGAUUUCAGAAUUUGAGAAAGAUUUUUUUUCAUCAUUUAAAACAGGCUACCCAUUGUGGGGAGCAGUAAUUUUUGCUAUUUCAGGAUUUUUGUCAAUUAUCUCUGAAAAGAAAAAUGCAGCAUAUCUGGUGCAAGGAAGCCUGGGAGCAAAUUUGGUCAGCGUCAUAGCUGCAGGAACAGGAAUCUUUAUCCUGGUCACCAACCUAAAGGGCAGUUUGGCUUAUAUCGAUGUUUGCCAGCAAGCUUAUGAGGAUGACUUCUGUUUAGCGGCCUUUUUUUCCACAGAACUUGUGGCGAUGAUCCUGUUUCUUACCAUUCUGGGGUUUGGGGCUGCUGUGUUACUCAUAGCCUACAGAAUUGGAGAACUACUCAAAGAAAACCAGAUUCCAGAAGAUCGUCUCUAUGAAGAAUUAAACAUAUAUUCACCAAUUUACAGUGAAUUGGAAGACAGAGUGGAGACAUCUCCCACUGACACAUAA